AUGGAUCAAAAUCUAGUGAGCUGCGAAAUUCAUCGUAGUACAAAAAGUGAGACACUAUUUUUCACUAUGACACUACAAGAAUUAUAUGACGAGGUCGACGCCAUACAGGCGAUAUAUCCCGACUCUAUAACACUCAAGGCUCCACAGAUAUAUGCAUUGACAAUUCCUGACCAUCCCAAGUUGGAAAUUCAAUUGGCCUUCCCUGAUGAGUAUCCCGAUAGAAUACCAUCGCUAGUAGGAGUGGUUAGCCACGACAACCGCAGAUAUACGGAUGUUCGUUACUUGGAGGAGAGCAUAACCAAAGUGAUUUCUACUGUAUUUGUUUCCGGAAUGGUAUGUCUAUUUGAUGUUAUAAAUGAAUUGGAGGUGAUACUCUCAACGUAUAAGCCUGCCGUUUCUCCAACCCCAGAACCCAGCUCUCCGGAAGCCAAGAACGAGUCCAAAGAAGAAAAUGAGUCUAAAGCUUCAACGACGAAGGAAGAAAAGUCAACCAAGAGCACAACAAGCAUUCCUCAGCACGAUCCACGAGCAGGUUGGUUAGUUUCAGAGACCAUCUUAGAUCGUGGAUCUACAUUCAUAGCGUUCGCUCGUCAAGUAAAUUCGGUUGAGGAAGCCAAGAAGUACCUCGAUAUACUUCUUACUGAUCGAAAAAUCGCUCGAGCAACUCACAACAUCACCAGCUGGAGGAUAAAGAGAGAUGAUGGUAUACAGUUCCAAGACUGCGACGACGAUGGAGAAACCGCAGCUGGAGGACGUUUGCUUCAUCUCUUGACAAUGAUGGAUGCAUGGAAUAUGAUAGUUGUUGUGAGCAGAUGGUUUGGAGGCACCCAUUUGGGUCCAGAUAGAUUCAAACAUAUCAAUUCGGCUGCCCGGGAUGUUGUGACGAAGGGUAAUUUCGACAACAAAAAGAAGAAGAAAUGA